UAGAUAAACUUGCUUAUUCUAUAUCCUUAUCAAAAAAAUUCGGGUUAUGUGCUACUUUCCAUAAGCUGCCAAAUUCCUUAAUCAUUCAUUCAAUUCAAAAUGAACUAAGUGUGUAUCAUUGUUGAAUGAUGAGCUACAUUUUUUUUGUAUAUAUACACACAACAAUAACAAUUGAGAGAACUAGAAAUCAUUUAUCAUUUGUGGAUUUUCAAAGAAAGCAACAUAAGAUGUUGGAAGGAAAAGGUGUGGUGGAAGAAACAGAUAUGCCUUUGAAGAUGCAAAUUCAAGCUAUGUCAUAUGCUUCUCAAGCCCUUGAUCUCUAUGAUGUGUGUGAUUGUAGAUCAAUUGCUGGUUAUAUCAAGAAGGAGUUUGAUAAGAAUUAUGGAAGUAGGUGGCAAUGUGUAGUAGGUUCCAAUUUCGGGUGCUUUUUUAGCCAUACACCAGGGACCUUUAUAUAUUUUUCUCUUGAGACCCUUAAAUUUCUAAUCUAUAAGGGAGCCUCCUCUUGAUUUUACUAGUGGAUUGUUCUCCAUGAGCUGAAGUUCAAUGUAUGAUCAUUAACCAACUGUUUUUUCAUUAUGAAAGGGUGUGACAAAUGGGAAAGGGUGUACAUCCUCUACUUUAAUCAAGUGGAGCUUUUAGAUCUUAUAUUCUUCCAUCUCAAGUUUAUUAAUCAAUCCACAACAAAAUUUUGUUUGUAUUUCAUUCAUUCAAUUAAGUUAUUUAUUUUUCUUUUUGAUGUGUGUAAUGUAUGUGAUUAAGAUACAUGAGAUUUAUUUAAGAUAUUAAUUUUUAAUGA